AUGCAGGUACUUAAUGAACGACAGAACGAGUUAAAGAAUCACAGAGUUGCCUUCUCAACAGCAAAGUCCCAGUACAAACAAGCUAAAGAUGGAUUUCACAGAGCUAAGGAGACUGAGGUACGUUCUUCAAAGUUAGUCUUUCUGCACCUCACGUAUUCAUAUCCUCAAGUUGAAAUACCGUUUUCCCUUACUGUCUAAUAUUCUUAUAACAAGCACAUUAAACUUCAAAUCAUCUUUAAAACGAAGGAAAUUGAAAACAGAAUUGGGUCACUUACAGCUCAAGUAGAUGAACUUUAGUGGACUAAUAAUUACUGGAAAAAUGUCGGACAAGAGAGAGCAAAGAUGGCGCAGUGGUGAGAGCACUCGCCUCCCAACAAUGUGGCCCGGGUUCAAAUCCUGGCGUCGACGCCGUAUGUGGGUUGAGUUUGUUGUUGGUUUUCGCCUUUGUUCCGAAAAGUUUUUCUCCGGGUUCUCCGUUUUUCCCCUCUCCUUAAAAACCAACACUUUCAAAUUCCAAUUCGAUCUGGAACGCACGGACACGUUUAAACGAGUCCAUGAGAACUCCUAAGUGCUUCGUGGGUAAACAAAUUGCAAUUACAAUAUAGUACUCCAAACCUCUUCGUUGCAUAGAUAUUAGAAAGGUUAGAAUCGCGAACAGCAAACGACAUUUUGUCAAACGUGUCAAGUUUUGUCUUUACUACUCGAUUGCCGUUUCUUAUGUCUGCACGAAAAAAAAAAAACUUUCAUACCAGGUUCAUUCAGAAUUACAGUACUGGGCACCGUUGUCAGCUGCUUUUUGCCUAACAGUGAACAUAAAUUUUCCUAUUACGGUUGUCUAUAAAGAUUUGCGAUUUGUAAUUCGGCAAAGAGGACCUUCCACAAUUGAAAACCAAAGAGCGGUCUGAAAGAUAAGGUUUUAUUGUAUGUGUUUAUUAGACGCGAUAAGAGGCUGUUAAAUAACGAAAUGACCGAACUUUCUCCUUAGGCGUACUUACGAAGUCAGCUUCAGGAACAGUCCGCAGCCUACAAAGAACAGCUGGCUCGUGUUGAACGUGAGAAAGAAGAACUGCGGAAUUAUAAAGAAGACGAGGUCGCUUCUUUCAAGGUAGCUUUAGUACAUUAUCGUUAAAAUGUGACUGGCUAAUACUCAGUAAACGGUCGAUCAUUUAGGAUUUUUAUCAUCUUCAUCAGUCCUCUUCGUUCAGCCCUCUUCGUGGCCGAGUGGUCAGCGCGUCGGACCCGCAAUCCCGCGGUCCCGGGUUCGAGUCACGCUCUGGCCACUUGAAGGAUUUGUUCUCGGUCUUCCGAGUUCAAAUCCUCGUCCAAGCUUGUAAAUAGCCAACUGGUUGCCUCCCUGUUGGGAUUUUUAAUAAUCGUAUGUUGUAUUUGAAUUCUUUGUUUCUAAGUAUGGGGUGGAGUGCCUGUAAAGUAGCUGGAUAAACUAAGUGCACUUUCCACUAUAAACAAUCCUUUAAACCUUUAAACCCCACUAAUUCUUACAAUUUGACUUUAUUUUGAUUCAAACCAUUACGUCCUCUCUCCUCAUGUCCUCACAUCCUUGUGCGCUUCAAAGUGUGUCUUAGCCUGCGAACAGCAGACGUAUUUCCGGUUGUCGCUAAGUGUGUCUGGGACUCCCCUGUGGGAUCCAUUAAAGAGUUGUCUUUGCCACUUGUUUGUCUCGUCCCCGCAGCGUUUUGCCAAUCCACCGCCAUGUUCGUUUUUUUAUCUCCUCCUCUAUCGGUCGCUGCCCUUCCUGUCUCCAAAACUCUUCAUUUCGGAUUCUUUUGGGCCACAAAAUCCGUCAGAUCUUCCUUAGGCACUUGUUAAUAAACACCUACAAUUUCUGCUUCAGUUAAUUCCUUGGUCAAUCUCUAAGUUUCUGCACCACACAAAUGUAGGGCCAUUUGGUAAUUUUCAUAAGGUUUUUGUGUCUCUGAGUUAACUCAAUAUAUUCUGAUUUAUAAACUGUCCAAUAUUACUGUCGGCAGAAGCGAGCGGGGAUGCUGCGCGUGACUCCCCCAAAUGGAGAGGUGAAACCCAGUUAACUCAAUACCCCAGUGAAGCAAUUCAGUGAUUUUGUUAAAUCGACCUCGUACGAUUACCCGACAAACUCAGAUAGAAAAGUUAUCAACAUAUUACAGAGAUUACAUUGUCGUCAUCAUUUGUUUAUAUACUUACAGGAACAAACUCGGCAACACGCAGUCACGAUAGUGGCAUUGGAAGAAAGGCUGUUAAGACUGACUCGGCAAAAUCGACAGUUGGAACAGGAGGCAAUGCACGCUAAACAGACCACAGGUUAG